UUGGUCGUGAGUGGGGAGCUGGGGCUGCGCUGGAUGCAGCAGGCAAUGUCGUGCAGGGUCCUCAGAUCUCCCGGUACGUCGGUUCACCUGUCAGCCAGCGACGGAGAACGGCACCACCGCCAGGUGACACGGAGAACCUGCUCCAGCAGCAGCAUCGCCUGUGAGGAGGAGUGCUGAGGAGACAGUCUGCCAUGGCUCUGUGCAUCCUCUUUCUGCUUGUGCCCUGCAGGCGUCUACACAUUGGGGUCCAUCUUGGCCUGCAAUAAGGCUCCUUGCCUCCUUCAUGGACCUUCUCCCAGGCUUAACCAGCACCACUGGCCGCCGGGAUCCCGUCAGUAUUCACAAUGAAUCUAUCAGACCGGAUGACAGAUUUUGCAGACCAGAUCCGAUACGAUUAUGUGAACAGCACCUCCGUCUCUCACGUUGGCAAUGGGACGCUGAGGGACAUCCAACAGAUCAUCCACACGGCCACCCUGGUCACCUGCACCUUCCUGCUGGUCAUUAUCUUCUGCCUCGGAUCCUAUGGGAACUUGGUGGUGUUUUUGUCCUUUUUCGAUCCCGCCUUUAGGAAGUUCAGGACAAACUUUGACUUCAUGAUACUGAACCUGUCCUUCUGCGACCUCUUUAUUUGCUGCAUUUCUACUCCCAUGUUUGCUUUCGUCUUGUUUUUUGACACCGGCAGUAAUGUGCCCGAAGCGUUUUGCUUCACGUUUCACCUGACGAGUUCUGGGUUUAUUAUCAUGUCUUUAAAAACGGUAGCGGUGAUUGCUCUUCAUCGGCUGCGGAUGGUCCUAGGGCAGCAACCCAAUCGGACGGCUUCUUUCCCAUGCACUUUAAUGCUCACGGUGCUCCUGUGGACCACGAGCUUUACCCUUGCCACAUUGGCUACACUGAGGACACGAAAAUCUCGGAUCUGCCUGCCCAUGUACAGCUUGAUCAGCGGCGAGGGGAAGAUUAUCCUCUAUUUGUACGUCAUCGAUUUUACCUUCUGUGUUGCUGUGGUGUCGGCCUCUUACAUCAUGAUAGCCCAGGCCUUGAGGAAGAAUGCCCAGGUGAGGAAAUGUCCCAUCAUCACUGUGGACACCACCAGACCUCAACCCUUCAUCGCCCCCGGAGUGGACGGGGUGCAGUGUGCCGUCCCUGCUUUAUACAGGAACCAGAACUACAACAAACUUCAGCACGUACAGACUCACGCCUAUACGAAAAAACUCAGCCAAAUGCCGGCGCCGGCCAGCAGACUACAGCUGGUGUCGGCCGUCAACCUGUCCACCGCAAAGGAUUCCAAAGCGGUGGUGACUUGUGUUGUCAUAGUGUUGUCCGUCCUCAUCUGCUGCCUGCCCUUGGGCAUUUCUUUGGUUCAGGAUGUGUUGACCAACAGCAGCAGUUUUAUCCUCUACCAGUUUGAGCUUUGUGGCUUCACCCUGAUAUUUUUGAAGUCCGGAUUGAACCCCUUUAUCUACUCUCGUAAUAGCGCCGGCUUAAGGAGGAGAGUGCUGUGGUGCAUCCAAUACGUCGCCCUUGGGUUUCUUUGCUGCAAACAGAAAACGAGAUUGCGUGCCAUGGGCAAAGGCAGCUUGGAAGCGAACAGAAACAAGUCCUCUCACCACGAGACCAAUUCUGCUUAUAUGUUAUCUCCUAAACCCCAAAAAAAGUUUGUCGACCAAGCCUGCGGCCCCAGCCAUUCGAAGGACAGUGUCCUGAGCCCAAAAGGAUCAGGGGGGCACCAGCAUUAUGCCCAGAGCAGUUCUACCCCGAUUAAUACCCGCAUAGAGCCCUACUAUAGCAUCUAUAACAGCAGCCCCUCCCAAGAGAUAAGUACCCCCAACAGCCUGCAACCUGUGAACUCCACCUUCGGAUUUGCCAAAUCGUACAUUGCCAUGCAUUACCAUACCACAAAUGACUUGAUGCAAGAGUGUGAGACCACUUCUGCCAAGCAGAUCCCCGUGCCGUCUGUCUGACACUGUAAUGGGCAUCUCGUACGCAUUUUUGACAUGUUCUUAAACUUGCCAUAAAGGUAGCGGUUUACAAUUGACACUUUCAUAAGUAUUAGGACUCAUGUACUAAAAAGUUAUUUUUCAUAUAACUUUAUUAAACAGUGUAACACUUCAACACUCCUUUUUUUUUUUAUUAUACGCGAGCUUGCCUUUGGGUAUCGUCCACGCUAUGAUCUGAGCACGUUUAUUGGACGCCGUUUUUGUUUUUUGUCAUACAGCAUCUACUGUACGUUAAUGUUAUAAACUCUGGAUUUUCUGUAUUAUCAGGGUGUUGGGGCGUCAUUCCGGAUGGUUUGGAGGGUAAGGGGAAGUGAUUCGUUUGGGAAAGUGCAGUGAUAGGGCGUUUUUUAAUUAUUAAAAUGUAUUUUUGUACCGGAUGUCAAAUAUGUUUAAUAAUGAGCAAACGUUUGGGGGAAGUUUUGUAUGAAGAGAGUAAUGAUUUUUAAUAUCUGCAGUAGUCUCAUCAUGGUGAAUACACGUGUAGUCCGUUAUUUUGCUCAUGAUUAAACAGGUUCAGUACUGCACAAUAAUCAUUCAUCUUUUUUAUGGAACUGAUAGUAAGAAUUGUCAUUGAUUAGGAGUAUGUUCAGCUGGAAGCCCUGACAGUAUUAGGUUGUGGACAUGGUGUCCCCUAAAGGGGCUCGUUCAAGAUAAAAAAAAUUCUGACGCAAACUGCAAAAAGGCUGUUAAAAUUAUUUAAAAAAUAAACUCGCCCUCCUAAGUUCCCUCCGAUCCAGCAUUGUUGCUUCGUUCUCUCUGCUGGGCUGCAGCUGAGAUAUAAUGUUUUGGCUGCAGCGAUGAUGUCCCCCAGAGGUCGCAC